AUGACCUCCAAGAAAGCAAACGCUGUUGAGAGAGGACUUCAAGCCCCUGAAAAGCCUGCAUAUGACGUUGCCAUGCUGGUUUCAAAGGCGCAGGCGGCUGAUGUUGCCGAUCGACAGUUGACCAUUUGGCAGGCCCUCAAGAAGUACAAGAAGGCUGUUCUUUGGAGCACCCUUCUCUCGACAGCAUUGAUUAUGGAGGGUUAUGACAUUGUGAUAAUCAACGGUUUCUUCGGCCAGCCCCAGUUUGCCGAAAAGUUUGGCGAAUACAACCCAAUGACUGGCAGGAAGGAGAUCACUGCCGCUUGGCAGUCUGGCCUGUCCAACAGCGCGCUUGUUGGAGAGUUGGCCGGUCUUGUCUGCAAUUUCUUUGCAACUGACAGAUUUGGGUGCCGUCUUACCUACUGUUUUUUUAUGGUCUGGCUUACUUGUGCUAUUUUCAUUUCUGUGUUUGCUCUAUCUCUAUCUGUACUUGCUUAUAGAGAGGCAAUAAGCUAG